UGGACUUGUAUUCUCAGUUACGACACUUGGAAAUCAUUAACAAAAAUUAAUCAAGAUGAAACUUCAUUUGGUACAUAUUUUUUGAUCGGUUGUUUCAUACCAUUGUUAUUGACAUUUCUCACGUAUAUGGCCCACAUUUCUAAUUUACCCAAUGAAUGGAAACCGGGAAUGGAAGGAGAUGUUUGUGCAGUUAAUACUAUACGUUGGUCCGCUGUUAUAUACUACUAUAUACCAUGUUGUGUCGUAUUCUUUUUUAGUAUAACGCUAUACGUGCGCAUAGUGGUCUUUAAGAAAAAACAUAGUGAGGAAUUACAAAGCUUAUUUGGUCAUGGUCCCGAGCCACUGUUAGAGAGAUUCGCUUUACUUUUUCGAAUUUUUCUUUUUAUGGGCAUUUCAUGGUCUUUAGAUAUUUUAUCGUAUUUCUUUCGUUUAUUUUUUGGCGCAGAAGACUAUUUUAUUUAUACAGCUUUAGAUCUUUUCAAUGCUUUUCAUGGUUUCUUUGUAUUUUUAGCGUUUAUAUGCCGCAAGUCAGUUUUGCAAAAAAUCCAAAGGAAAAUUUCAUUAACAAGAAAACAUAAAUCAAAUUUUUUUUAAAAAAUAAACAAGAACAUUUACA